CAGAAGUUGAUGAGUUUAAAUUGCCAAAAAAUCUUAAAAAUCAAUUGAAAACAACGAUAACCAAAGUAAAUGGGUCACUAGAAAAAUUGAACAAUCAAAAAAUCGAUGAUUUUAUUCAUAUAAUUGAUUCAAAAUUAUCAAUAAUUGAGGAAUUUAAUGAGAAAUUUAAUGAAUUAGACUCAGUAUCAUGGGAAAAAUCAAACUACAAAAAAAUUAAAGAAUAUAGUGAAAGAGUUAAAGAGCUACUUAAAUCCUGGAAGGACGUUAAUUUUGGUAGUAUGAUUGAUUCAGCACCUUCAUUAUUUAAGAAAUUGAUUGAAAGGAUUUCAAAGGGAGAACCACAAGAAUUACAGAAAGAUGAUGCAAUUAUUAAUGAAAAAUCUCAACAACUCUUACACGAACUGCAGUCAAUCAGUCCAAAUGAAAUAAGUUUAUUCGUUGAAAAAAUUGAUAAAAUUGAAAAAUUUGAACAAGUUUUAUGUGAAUGGAUUAAUGUUUAUACUGAUUAUGCUAAAAUUGCUGGAAAGUUUAAACAAUUUUAUGAAGACCUUAAUAAUUUCAAAACCGACAUUAAUUUCUUUGAUAUUCAAGAAGAAUUAUUAAAUGAAAUUAAUAAUAUUAAAGAAAGCUUUACUAAAAAGUCUGCUCCGUCGGAUUUUUGGGAAAAUUUUAUUCAUGAAUUGGAAUUAAACGAAGAAUUGGUAAAAACUUUUAAAGAAAGCGAAUUUUAUGCAAAAGAAU